AUGUUUACAUUUCUUCUUAAGGACCUUACGGUAUGGGAUUCAAGGUAUCGAGCACACAUGGGCAGGAUGACAACAUUACUAACAGAAGCUUGUCGUAAAACGGUUGAAAACAAGAAGUUCCUCGAUUGGUUGGUUGCACAGCAGUUUGAUCUCGCCUUCUCUCAUAUUUACGACGUCUGUCCUAUUGGCCUUAUUCAUUUCGCCAAAAUUCCUUCGUGGAUAUGGUUGAACAGUGGCAGUUUGAUGGAUUUCGUUGCCUAUCAUAUGGGGGUGCCGACAAUUCCUAGCUACGUCCCACCUGUGAUUAUGGAAAGUACGGAUAAGUUAAAUUUCGUGGAAAGAGCCAAGAGUUUUGUUGGACAUUCCAUUAUGCCAUCAAUGUGGAAGAAAAAUUUCGAUAUUACCAAAGCACCCAGAAAAUCCUUCGCCGAAGCUUCCGACAAGGAGAACCGAAGCAAACAAUAUAGAUGA